CAGCAUCGAGACAACCCCCAGACCCGACCAAGGACAACCACCAAGCGGUUCGUGGGUGUCCAUCCGACCCACCGUUAUCGCUGAUGCGUCGACUGCCGCCGCAAGGGCAUGUGUGUCGCAGCAGCGAGCGGCUAUGUGCGAAUGGUCUCGCCCAGCACAGACCAGCAUCUCCCGCUGGUGGGGCAACUGACUGUGGGAAACCCAGCACAAGCAGGCAGCCCGAACAGCUUGGUUCCCGCAGCUGGACUACCAUGGCAUCAUGCGUUGUCGAUACGAGGCCUCUAUUCAUCCUCUCAUCUGGCUCCGAUUGUGAUCCCGAUCCGGUAUCUAAGCAUCAGCUGCCAGGACAGCGCACAGCCGUUGUCUCUUAGAGAUCGCCAUGGAACAGCGUCCUCGUUGGUCGCUGCACUCUCCAACCGUUGUGCUGCUGGGAUGCCCCUGAAGCCUUUGCUGGCUGUGGUUUGUCGCCGGCCUGAUAGACUCCGAUGGACGGAUCGUCGUCCGAGGAGUUUGAUUCGGCUGAGCACACCCUCUCUUGAGCCUUCAGGCUGCCUUUCGACGCCGCCUUGGUGGUUUCGCCAGGGAGCUCGUCGACAUCGAGACACGCGUGGCCAUCGAGGUCGGCAGCGGAGUCGAUCAUACAUACUGGACGGCCGAGGCUGCCUCUGGCACUGCAAAUUCGUCCGCGCGUGCAAAGCCACAGAGCGGUUCAUCAAACAGGCCGUCCAUGUCAUCCGUCGAGUGCUUCUUGGUCGCCUCUGCUGACAUCCUCAGGUCCUCCAAAAUCUGGUUGAUCGACCGAGACCUUCGCUCCACCAGCAUCUCCUUCGUGGCCGCAGCUUCGCUGGUGGGCGACUCUAAAGCGAACUGAACACCUUCGUCAGCCUUCCGAACAGAUGACCGUUUGGA